GAAAAUGAUGAUGUACAGAUGGCGCACUUGGAAGUAAACCAACUUCUCCCAAAAUUGACAUAAUAUACUAUCUCAGAUUUGUUUAUUGACUGAUUUUAUAAAGGAAUGAAUCCUAUAAGUGUUUAUGUGGCCACCUGUCGGUAUGUCAUGUCAGCACGUUUCACCGAUCGCGAGACUUGGGUCGAUCUUUAUCGCUACCUCCCCUACCUUAGACAAUCACUGGGUUGUUAUGUAUGUAGAAACCUAGCACUCAACCCACAUUCACCGUCGCAUAAGAACUGUCAACACUUCGUGUGCAAAGAUUGCGUAGGUGGCAAGAUGAAACUGAAGCCACAGUGCAGUUGGUGCAAGAAAUACGAUGGAUUUGUUGAAAAUGCACAGUUGAGGAUUGUUAUUCUUGGAUUCAAGAGGAUUUGUCAUUUCAUUCAUAGUUCACCAAUCAUGACAGCUCUAAGGGAAAAUACUCUGAAUGGGGAAAAUGAUAAUUUAGUCCGGAUAAUCGAAGACGGUCUUAAAUUUGAGGACGAUUUCAAAAUGUGCUCACCUAUUCCUCUACCACCAGUAUUGUUGCCCAGUCAGUUGUCAUUGAGUGUUAAGAAAUCUUCAGAUUUACCAAAGGUAGAUCUUGUCCGACCCCUGUCCUCCACAUCAGAAACAAUUAGUGAACAAGAAGAUAAUCUCUCACCACCUGUAUUGGAAAAAUCUCAAGAAAUAGACAAAGAACUUGAAAUUAAUGUUGAUGUUGAAACACAUGAACUGUCACCUACAACAUCAGAAGAACUUAUUGAUGUUUGUAAGUUACCAAGUCCAAGUGAACAAGACAAUAAUUCACUAAAAAGAAAGAAAGAGCCAGUUUUAUCAUUUGAAGCUUUCCAAAAUACAAAAUUAUUAGAACACAGACUACUUGAAGUUAAUUGCAUUGGACCAAAGGGAGGUAACCUGAGGAUCUCUUCCACACCUAUUGUGGAAUUGUCAAUGAAAAAGUCAAAACAUUCAAAUAAUCCAAGUGAUGUGAAAAUAUGUAAAUGUGGCAGAGGAGGAACAAACAGUAGAUUGACUUGUCUAGGACAAAGAUGUCCGUGUUACAUCAAGAAACUACCUUGCAUCAACUGUAAAUGUCGAGGUUGUAGGAAUCCAAGGAAAGCCACUGCAACUAAUUCUGAAAUCUUAACAAACAACAAUAACAUUUCUGAUUCUUCUUCAUCUGUGGACACACAAGUUUCCCAAAAUGAAAAUAUCUGUGUUGUUUAACAGUAAUUAAUGUCCUCUGAAACUAUUGUGAUAAUUGAACUUAUAUUUAUUAUUGCUAGAGGAAUAAAAAAAUAGGAGAAAUAUUUAUGUACAAACGUUGUUAUCUCAAACCCCAUGGGACGGAGAAAAUACUUCGAGAUAUCCGAGUGUUCGAGAUAUCCAGGGUAAAAUAAUUUCUUCGACAUAUCCAUUGUAUUUGAGAUAUCAGUGUUCGAGAUACCGAAGUUUGACUGUAUCUGGCACGUCAGGGCACCAGAAUAAAUUGCUUGUUAAUUUAUGGCUUUUAAUGUAUGUAAUUUUUUGAAUUUGUUUUAGUAAGGUCCUGACCUUGUUCAGAAAGCUUUAUAUUGUUAUUAUGGUUAAUUUUGAGAAGUUUACAUAUAGAAUUUAACACUUGUCAUGUUAAUAUAAGAAACAUAUAUUCAAAUUGAGUUUUACAAAUCAUCCAAGUAAAACAUGCCAAUAUAUCCUUUCUGGUCUUUUUAUGAUUAUUUUUAUAAAUAUAUGGAUAUUCAGUGUAUGAAAUAAUAUUAUAUUCCAAAUACAAGAUUCAC